GGAAGUGUUUGCACAGCUGCUUCCAUGCUGCUAGAACCAGCACCGGGUCAGCUGACUCUCAGCAGGGUCAUGUGGAGCUAAAAUUAGCCAGCAGAUCUGAGGUCAGCUUACAGCAGCAUGGAGGACGGCUGCAGGGCUCCAAGGUGAGAACAGACAUAGAACCAGAAGAUCACUCAUUUUCUGGGUUCUGAAAGUGGCAAACUGUGGGACUAUGAAGGAACAGACAGGCUGCUGGUCCCAGAGGUGCCGUUCAAAUGAUCCUCAGAGGGGAAUGAGCCUGCAGCUCAGAGGUCAAAGGUUGCCCCACCUGUGACAUCAUCUGGCUGUCAUGGCGGGUGCGGUGGUCUGCAGCUCGGUGAGCUCCAUCAAAGCUCUGUGGGAGACGCGAAUCAAGAGAGUUAAGGAGGAGGAGGAGCAGAGGAGGCAGAAAUCCAGGGGUGGGACCACAGGCAGACUCGGUGUCCGGGUCUGGGAGGACCGGGCGAUUCUGGCUCGGCUGAAGGAAAAGCUGCAGACAGAAGAUGGAAGACUGGUUCUCCGCAUUGAACAAGAGGAGUGGAAGAGCUUGCCAGCAUGCCUGGUCCAAUUCAUUCAGGUCCAGGAGUGGCAGAUCCACAGGACUGGCCUGCUAAAGAUUCCUAAUUAUAUUUCAAGCUUUCAGAACCUUCUGGUUCUGGAUCUGUCCCGUAAUGCAGUCACAGAGAUCCCCAAACAGAUUGGUAAAUUGACCCGGCUCAGAGAACUGCUGCUGAGCUACAACAGAAUCCAGUUCGUCCCUGAAGAACUGAGUGGAUGUGAGAGUCUGGAGAGACUAGAACUGGCUAUGAACCGGGACCUCAACGAGCUUCCAGACCAACUGAGGAACCUUAAGAGGCUUCAGCACUUGGAUUUAUCCAUGAACGACUUCCUCUUCUUCCCGGACUGUGUGGUCGCCAUGCCGGGUCUGGAGUGGCUAGACAUGGGAGGAAACCGCCUGCAGCUAUUACCUGACGACAUCUACAGGAUGGAGAAGCUGCACACGCUUUGGCUGCAGAGGAACGAGCUGGAAAAACUCCCAGAAAGCAUCAGCAGGAUGGCAAGUUUGGACACGCUGGUCCUCAGCUGCAACAGGUUGAGAGACAUCCCGUCACUGAUGGAGGACAUGACCAACCUCAGGUUUGUAAAUUUCAGAGACAACCCUCUGACCAUGGAUGUGACCCUGCCUCCGAGGAAGGCGGCCGAGGACGGAGAGGACGAGGACGACAGGGAGAUGUUUGGACGGGAGUUCAUGCAGAUGUACAUCCAGGAGGCGCGGAAGAGAUCCUACGCUGUGCUCAACAUGCACUGCGUCAACCAGAACGAUGAGGAUUCAGCUGAUAGAUAACCAACACUCAUCGGUUCUGGAAUCCCUGCUUCUUCUGGGCUCUACAGAAGCUAAUCUAUAAAAAUCCAGCAAAUUCAUCAACUGAUUCACUGGAUAAGAACAAAAAC